ACUCGUUGGUUCGGGUUCUUUGUUUUAGGGUUUGUUUUCUUUUGAAGGUUGCUUGGUUUCAGGCCGUUAUUCCUUGAUUUUUUUCUCUGGUUUUUUUUCUCUCGUUUUGCAAUGGCCGAGGACGGGAGGGUUCGAAUCGAGAAGUUCAACGGUACUGAUUUUGCAUGGUGGAAAAUGCAAAUAGAGGCGUUGCUUGAUGAGUGCGAUUUGGACAUGGUACUGGAAGAGAAACCGGAUGGAAUGGAUAAGGCUGCUGAAGCAAUUUGGGACUCAAAGGACAAAAAGGCAAGAGAUAAAAUUACACUAGCUUUGACGAGGAGUGUGGCGUUUAAUAUCAUGAAGGAAACAACUGCUCGUGACCAGUUACUGAUCACAUUAAUGAGGUUGUUCGAUGAUGACACUCNGGAUAAGGCUGCUGAAGCAAUUUGGGACUCAAAGGACAAAAAGGCAAGAGGUAAAAUUACACUAGCUUUGACGAGGAGUGUGGCGUUUAAUAUCAUGAAGGAAACAACUGCUCGUGGCUGUGAUUCUUUAUCUUCCUUGUCUGAUAGUUGGUCGGGAUUUGUGACAACGGUUACUGAAACUGUUGGAACAGGAAACUUGAAGUUUGAUAGUGUUUUGGGUGAAGACAUUCGCCGGAGGAACGCUAGUGGAGGAUCUACUUCUGGGUUACUCAGUGUUAGCAGGGGAAGAGGUGAUAACAGAAACAGUGGGUAUUUUCAUGAAAUAGAACAACUUCUCUUAGUGCUUAUCCAUGAAAAAAGGUCCAAAGCAUCCCCUUCAAGGUACAUGGAAGCCACAUCCACCUUAUCAUCCUGUGGAAUCAUAGUAACGGAAAUACUUCUCUACUUUGAGGUCCCAUCCUCUCGAGUCACCGCCUGCAGAAAUUGGGAACUCAGUUUUGGCAUGUGAUAGACUUGAAGCACGUCGAGAUCAUUUAUAUUCCUCAUUGAUAUUAUCUGCCCUAUUGUGUUGUUUCCCAUUUCCACUAUUACGAUUUACGACGAGAUGAAUUCGCUUCCACAACAAUCACCCUUUCUUACAAAACAUCUAAAGCCGCCAAGCGAAAGGCAAUGGUUGCCAAAGGAUGAUUACCAAAGGGAUUUUCCUCAUUAUCUUCUGGAUUUGAGUUAGUAUUGGAUGAGCGUGUGACCACCACGUUGACCAAAAAAGGUUUGGGGCAAUGAAAAUUAGACAUAUGU